CGUUAAUGUAUUCAAACAGAGAAGUUGUGCAAGGAUUUGACAGACCUCGUGGUUACCGAGAUACAAAAACAGAAAGAAAAAUGGCUGACAUGACUGAACAGAGAAAAUAGACAGAUUGAGAAGGAAUUUGAUGUGAUGGAUACUGAUAAAAGUGGAACUCUAGAUCGACAAGAAAUUAGGGAUUUCCUGGAUAAGAGAGCUAAAUAAGCAUUAUCAAAAAAUGGCCAAAAAGGCAAAGGGAGACAGUGAGGAAGUCAAAAACCGAAUUAAAGAGGAAGAGGAAAUGUUCUUCAGAGUCAUGGAUGAAUUAGAUCUAGACGCUGAUGGUGAAGUUACGAAACAAGAAUAUGUUCGGGCUGUGCUGCUUAAGCAUCAGAAACUGUUUGACAAAGAAGAGGUGAUUAAGGAAGAAAUGGAAGACCUUGAGCUAAAGUAUAAAAUUUUGAAUGAGAAUCAAUACAGAGCUACUAGUGGGUACUAUGAUCAAAUGGCGAGGAUACAAAAUUUGUAUAAGGUUACAGUGGUAGAAGCAAGAAACUUGGAAAUCGCUGAUGUCCUGAGUGGCACUUCAGACCCGUAUGUGAUCUUAAGCUAUGCUGGUCAGGUUUCUAAAACUACAGUAAAAUAAAACAAAUCUUAAUCCUUUUUGGAUAGAAACUUUCGAAUUCGAUAAAGUAGCCAAAGAUGUUAGAAUGGAAAUCACUGUUUAUGACUAUGAUGCAGCUAUGAAAGAUGAUAUUAUUGGGAAAAUAGACAUAGACCUUGAAGAUUACUCACAAAAUGGAGAAGAAGAGCAUGUUACACUUUAUCUUCUUGACGAGAAUAAUAAAGAGACUGACUCAAGCCUCAAGCUAAUAAUCCAGCACAUUGCUCAUGGGAACACUAACUUUGAGAAAGAAAAGGAAAAACUUAGUAGACAAUUGGAUGCUAAAGAAAUAGAACUGGAGUCUGUUCGUAAAAUGGUAGAACUUUCUGAUAAAUCUCAUGCGAUUUUUAAUAUUGAAGAAGAGGAGAAAAAGAUGGACAAGAAAAUCACUUCCGCUCUUCAAGAAGGAUCUGGAGGAAAAAUUUCUGAAAGAUUGACAAGACUGACAGAAAACUUCCCUUGGACUUGGUUUUUACUAGGAGUUCUCGCUGUUUAUACAUUCUUUACAUUACUUGCUUGAUUCUACAGACCUGACUUCUGGGAUGUCUGCAAUUGAUGACUUGGAUUCUUUUUAGUCUCUAUUCCUUUCCAUUCAACACAAAGGAUGUAUUGGUUUUUAGUAUUAUCAAUAGCACUCUCAAUAAUAUUCGAUAUACUCUUCCUCAUCGUUACAAGCGAUUGGCCAGACAAACAUACCUAUGAUGGCGAAGUGGAGCAUGGUAUCAGAGAGUUUUGCCGAAUCAUUUCUUACAUUCUUAUUUUUGUAAAAAUAAUAGUAUUUUGAAUCUUCUUUUAUGUGGCUUUGAAAUAUUUCACCAUCAUUGAUCCAAUCAAGAAGGAAGAAGCGAUGUUUAGGAGGUACUAUAACCCCAAAUUUGACCCGAGAUAUGCCAAUGAGUUUGACCCAGCCUACCAUGGUCGUGGCGGAAGGAACAAUGGCAGGUAUGGCAGACGAGGCAGAUAUGGAGGCUUUGCCCCUCAAGAAGAAGGAGGCUAUACAGAUGACAUCUAUAAUGGGAGAUACAACAAUGCUCAUGGUUAGGCAUUAGAAAUUUAAGCCUCCAGACUUUUUGUCCGAAUUAUUAUGAAAAGCUAGAAAUUUUAAACAGUUUUAAAUC